CCCAAUCAGCUUAGCUAGUGCCCAAAGCCUGAAGCAAUCAAGCAAUCAAAUCACAAAAAAGAUAAACCAUUCUGAGGAUUCCUCAUUUUUUCCAAUUGGCAGAGUGAAUAGGUGGUAGGGAAAUGGGAAUUCUUCGGCAAAUGAAUGGAGUCUCUCCAAGCAAAUCACGUGAACUUGUCCCCCGAUGCUUCCUUCGACUUCAAUUUCAAAUUCAGUCUAACCCUUGCCCACACUAAUCUCCUUCAUCUCUAACCAUUUCCUGUUCUUGCAAUCGAAAUGAUUAAUGAACAAGACGUGGCUCAUCAGAUUCAAUCAAACCCAAUAACAAUAGCACCAGAGUCUCACGACCCAUCUCAUCUUCUUAUGCAGGAUCAAGGGAACAUGAGGAGGCGGCAUUACAGAGGAGUAAGGCUGAGGCCAUGGGGUAAGUGGGCAGCAGAGAUACGUGACCCAAAGAGGGCAGUGCGAGUGUGGCUUGGCACAUUUGAUAUCGCUGAGGAUGCAGCCAUGGCUUAUGACAAGGCGGCUCUUAGGUUCAAAGGGACCAAAGCUAAGCUUAAUUUCCCUGAACGAGUUCGUCGAGUUCAAGGGCGGACUGAGUUGGGCUACUUCAUGGGUGCUUGGCAUAGUCAACGAGUUCAAUCUCCUCCUCAUGAACCAGAGCCUGAAACAGAGCCAGAGAUGGAGGCAAAAGUACAGGAUGGAGACGCACCUGUAUCGGCUGAAGAGGUAGGUGAUGAUGCGCAGAAAGUGGAGACACCCUUAGCAUCAGAUGCUGGUCACGAUGCUGCUGUAAGCUUCAAUCGCCCAAGAGCUGAAGAACAUUCAAUCGUCCAGGAAACAGAGGAGUCCACUACAGUAGUCAGUUGUCCACAACGUGGGAGAAUGGAUGAUCUAAAUGAUCUUCCACAGUCUCCUUCUCCUAUUCUGGAAUCGCCGGAAACAAUGGCUGAGAUAAGGUCACACAUGCAUCAAUCUGGGUCUUCGCAAUCGACGAAUGACUCUGCUAAUCUGAUGCCGCCGACGAAGAAGCUGAGGCUUACCAAUUUACCUCAAGAUGCUCCUAAUGAAGGUCCUGAAGGAUCUCCAGAAGAGUCUGACAUUCUUCAAGUGGUGCAUUGGCAAAAACAAGUGGUACCUCCAGCACCCCAAGCCCCUGAAGUUGAAAGCGAGGGGACAUGGGACUAUACCCUGAAAAGCUUCAUAGAUCCCUUUGAAGGAGAGAAAUUCAAGGUGAUUUAUCUCAAUAGGGGCGUGCCUGGUUUUGUCUUCCCCUCAUGUUACCAGACAGAGGCACGGCAACUAAUGGACUGUUUUAAGCGAGAGCUUGGCUUAUGCUCUGUGAACACCGUUACCAUUCGAUCAGGUCUCUUUAUAAAUUUAUGCCGAAUUCUCCAUUCUAUGCGAGACAAAACAUAUGGAUCGCUAUCAGAAAGGGAAGCCCGUGGCUGGGUAUCAUCAUUGAGAGAGGGAGAAGCCAUGGGAGUAGAGCUUCCUGCCCUGAGGGCAUUGGUGGGAAGGGCCUGGCUGCGGUGUUUGGCAAGGGAUGUGGCAGAGAAGAAGAAAUCAGAGACUUUGUCUUUGUUGGCUAGAGCAGAGGCCCACAAAGAGGAGGCGCAGAGCUUCCUUAAAUUGAUUGGAGUAAUGAAGGAGAAGGCACAAUGGCAUCUAGAAGAAGCUGACCGGCUUGCUGAUGAAGCCUGUUUUGUCAAGUAUAGGAAAAUCCCACCGUACUUAGUUGAUACCCUCUCCUGUUACUUAAAAGAAUGGGAGGCCAGUAAGGGUCAAAGGAUGAUCUCUGAUCUGUUCUUCGAAGCUGGGAGUUCUUCGGCACCUGGGAAAUCUGCGACACAUCCUGCAGCACCGUGAGUUUCUCCCCUUCUCUUCCCUUUGUAUGGGGCGCCCAUGGCCGCUAAUUGUAAAAUCCCAAAGAAAUAGAAAUUUUUUACCUUGUUUUGUUUCUUAUUCUAA